AUGCUUAGAACCGUUGUCCUGAAAAGAGGAAAUAUUGGCUAUGGAUUUAGCAUUAACAGUAAAGCACCAGCCGUAAUUGAAGCAAUUGUUAAAGAUAGUGCUGCUGAUUAUGCUGCACUACAGGUUGGAGAUAUUAUGUACGAAAUUAACGAUGUCGAGGUCGACAAGCUACAUUACGACAGCAUUAUACGAUUAAUUACCAAUCCAAAUGAUUCACUAAAAUUAUUAGUCGAAUGUAAAAAGAAGAACCCUCAUUUAUUACCCUCUGGUACAUUUUGGAGUCCUAGGAGAGUCUCGAUCGUUCAUGACGUCAAGAAAAAUAAAAGAUUUCUAGCUGCAAAAAAAAAUUUAUCAGACUCCAAAUCAAAAAGUGAUUCCAAUAUUAAGAAUGGUACGAACCCAUUGCUUGCAGAAUUACAGAAAGAUUCACUCUUUGCAAAGAUGAGAGCUCGUAUCAAUUCUCAAGAGUCAGACAAUGAAUACAGCGACAGUGAUACAGACUCAUCACUACCACCUCCAAUGAAAGCAUUAACUGUGAACAAGAAAAAGAAUGCAGAUCAAGAUCGAGGUACUAAUCGAUUUAGUAUCACUUAUUCUGCAAGUAAAAUACAUUCUUCAUUAAGUGGGCAUUUAGAAAAUACAAGUACGGGUGAUAUGCUCGAUGCUGUCAUUGUUAAGUUUGUUGGCAGUAGAGCAUUCACGCAUGAUGAAAAUUUCUAUUCUAAAUCAUUAUCGGAAAUUCGUGAUUGUAUGCAAGAAUUAAAACAAGAUCAAGAAAAUCGUUUAUUAUUGACCUUAUUCCAAUUUAGAAAUAGUUCAAUUUGUAUCAAAUCUAGCAGUGGCGAAAUUAAUCAAUGUUAUAAUAUUGAUCAAUUGGCUGUUACUGGAACAUGCUUGGACGACAAACAUUUCUUUGGCUUAGUUUUUUGCGAUAAGAAAGAUGGCGCAAAAUCAAUCUUUUCAUUACAUUUAUACAAGUGUCUCAGUGUUAAGUGCAAUUAUGACCAGGCAGCGCAGCAGUUUCAUAUCCAUCGAUCAAAAGUAGAAAUACCAUCAUUACCUCAAUCAUUGUUGAGAAAGCUUUCAAAUUUACACAUGCAGUAUGCUGAUAAUAAGCUCAGUGAUUGCAAAACUCCAAUUAUGAUUGAUAACAAUGAUUUACCGGAAAUGAAAAAUAAAUAUAUCAAAAUCAGAACUGUUCGUUCUGAUACUGCUAUUGAUGAUAUACCACAACAAUUAAAUAGCAACGAUAAAGUUACUGGAGGGAAAAGAUCCAGUAGUCAUGUCGUUACUUACACUGACAGCGAAAAUAAUCAUCAGAAUAAAAGGUUAAAAACAAGGCAAAAAAGUGAAAUUAUGCAUAAUAGCGAUCAGUCCGAACAGGUCUCUAAUCCAAUGUCCGACGAAAAGAUAAACCAGCAGCCUGAUGUAACACCAAGUAAAGAUCGCGUUGCAACUUGGAAAACUAAGAUUGAACUCUUACUGGUGGAUCCUGCCGGGAUUCGUAUAUUCUACGAGUAUCUUAUGAAAGAACAUAGUGAAGAAAAUAUCUUGUUUUUGCACGCAUGCCAGAAAUUUAAGAAACUCCCUACAACGGAAAUCGCUGAGAUUAAGAAAUUCUCAUCUGCUAUAUAUCGUACAUACUUGGCGGAUGAUGCAGCUAUGCCUAUCAAUGUCGAUUACAUUGUAUUAAAGACGAUCAGAAAGUAUCUGAAAUCGCCAAAUGUGACUAUGUUUGAUAUGGCUCAAAGACAGAUCAUCAAUCUAUUAAAAUUUGAUAGUUACCAAAGAUUUUUAAAUUCGGAACUAUAUAAAACGCUGCUAAGUAAGGAAGCUGAAAAGAAAUUAGUCCUAAAUAAUGAAAUUGAUGUCCUCAUUGAUCAUGUAUUCGUGACUACUUCAGAAAAUUUGAAUGCAGAUAAGAAGACGAAUGAGAACAAAAAUUUGAAAGGUAUAUUCGGAAGGAAAGGUGCUCAAGCUGACAAUAAAGAAAAUGUUUGCUGA